CCAGCGCCCCCUGCUGGAAUAACACCGAACAACCGUUACGUAAUAGCAGCUUAUACAUCUCAGUUCAGUCAAUGCGGUGUCAGAUGAACGCGCUCGACGAGGAGUUGAUACAUUCCUUACAUACAGGAAACAACUUUACUCUUUACAACCUUAAAACACACAGGUAUCAUAAAGUUAACAGUCAUGAUUCUGUACGCAUUUGGCCUCGUGCUCUUGUUCUUUGUGUUUCGGUGGUUCCGAGGAUUGAAAAGAGUCCCAAACAAAUGUGAGAAGUUUGUGUACAUCACCGGCUGUGACUCUGGCUUUGGGAAUCUCUUGGCUAGACAUCUGGAUGAGAAGGGUUUCCGUGUCGUCGCCGGCUGUUACACAGAGAAAGGAGAAGAUGAGUUGAAGAAGAUCUGCACUGACAAACUCACAACAUUACAUUUGGAUGUGAGUGAUCAUGACAGUAUCAGCAAAGCUGCAGACACCAUCAAAACCCUGGUGGGUCAGAGAGGUCUGUGGGCUGUGGUAAACAAUGCCGGUGUCUCUGUCCCGACGGCUCCUAAUGACUGGCUGCUUAUUGAGGACUUUAAACACAUGUUAGAUGUCAAUCUGUACGGAGUUAUUGACGUCACUCUCAGUGUUUUACCUCUCAUUAAAAGAGCCAAAGGAAGAGUGGUGAAUGUGGCCAGUAUAUUUGGACGGAUUAGUCCCAUUGGAGGAGCGUACUGUAUAUCUAAGUAUGGAGUUGAAGCAUUCAAUGACAGUCUGAGAAGAAACAUGGCACCAUUCGGAGUGAAGGUUUUAUGUAUUGAACCUGGAUUCUUCAAAACAAGCGUGACUGACUCCGGUGCCCUGCAAAGGAAUUUUGAGAAAAUUUGGGAGAGGUUGCCACAAGAUGUCAAAGAUGAAUACGGCAGUGACUACAUGGACAAACUGAGACUUGCGAUGAGGGAAAAGUUUGAGAAGAUGGCAGAUCCGGAUCUGAUGAAGGUUGUGAAGUGUAUGGAACACGCUGUGGCUGCUGUUCAUCCCCAGACAAGAUAUUCUCCAGGCUGGGACGCAAAGUUCUUCUGGCUGCCUCUGUCCUACAUGCCAACCUUCAUCUCUGAUGCUUUCUUUUUAAGAAAUGCUGUUAAACCAAAAGUUUCAGUCCUGUAGAUACACUUUUACAAGUUAACACUGUUAACAAAUAUAAAGACCAAUAAAACUGUUCACACAAAUAUUG